AUGAAGAAAAUAGGAAAAAGAAUAAAGAAAUAUAUUGAGAAUGACAGACCUCAGAAAUUAAAAUCAAUGAUGAUCAAACAUAGGAUUGAUAUAAAUGAGAGAAUUUUAGGAAAAGGACAGAGUCUCCUACAUUAUGGAGUGAAGAAAUGUGCUUUUGGAAUUGUAGGGUUUUUAUUGAAGUCUAAGAUAGAUCUAACUAUUAAAAAUGAUAAAGGUUUAACAGCAGUCGAAGUGGCCAUCAGAAAAUCUUUCAAAUCUAAAAAAUCUACAGCAUUAAAAAUUUAUGAAGAAAUGGUGAUUCCACUAGUUGAUAAUCAACCAUCAUCUAAAUCUCUAGACAGAAAAAUCAAAAAUAAACUCAAAAUAUUACAAGAUAAACUCUUUCACAAGGAACAUAACUCGACGUUCUACUGUAAUGUAGAUGAUAGUAAUCUUCCCUCCACUGAGUCUGAUAGUGAAGAUGAGAGUGAAGAAGAUGUGGACAGUGAAGAUGAUGAUAAAAGAUGGAACGAAAAAAUGACUGCUGAAAUUGAAGAAGAUUUUUUGUCGUCUCAUGGUAGAUAUGAAGGACAAUAUGAUGAAGAUUUCCAAGAAGAAACUGAGAAAGAAACGUAUGACCAAUGGGCAUACAGAAUACAUAAAGAAUAUAAAACUAAAUUAUCAACCAAUAGAAAUCAUCCUUACAGAAGAUCAACUAAUUCAACCAAUCAGGAUGAAUCUAAGACUGAAAACUCGAAACAGAAAAUCAAAGAAGAAAAAUUGAGGCAGAGAAGAAAAGAAUUGGAAAAAAUUUAUGAAGAAAAACAGAAGAAAAUGAAAGAAAUUGAGAAAAUUGAAGCAAAAUAUAAAUAUGAGGAGAAAUACAGGAAAUUAUUCAAAUCUAAGGGAGAUAAAUCAUUAAUAAGAUUCUGUGAUGUUCCAUGGCCGUUUACAUCAAAACUCUCUGAAAUAUUUGAACUGUUAUUUUGUGAUUUACCAGAUAAAAACAGUGACAUGUAUCGAAAAUAUCUUCGAGAUCAACAGAUCAGAUGGCAUCCUGAUAAAUUUAAACAAAACUUCGGAGAAUUUCUCCAUGAACACGAUCGAGAAAAAAUUCUACAAAGAGUCACUGAAAUAUCUCAAAGUUUAAAUCAACUUUCAGAAAAAACUUAA